AUGCUAAUCAAUAGCAGCUCUCGCAGUCCUGGCCAGGACAAACCCUCCUCUCCAAAAUAUUCUGAAAGGCUGUCACCUGCAAUUAAUCACUAUCUUUCUGAGGCAGCAAGACAUGAAGUGAGGCCUCAAGGAACACCAGAAAAUGGCUACUUGUGGCAGAGAGUGAGCUCCCAGUUAAGUUCACCUAGUCAGCCAUAUUCUUUGAGGGAAACCCUUGCUCAGGCACAAUCUUCUAGGAUUGGUGCUUCUACUCAAGCACUAAGAGAAUCUUUGCACCCGGUCUUGAGACAAAAACUGGAGCUUUGGGAAGAAAACCUUACUGCGGCUGUCAGUCUUCAAGUUCUGGAAAUAGCUGAGAAGUUUUCAAGAACAGCAGCUUCCCACAGCAUUGCGACUGAUUAUGGAAAACUUGAUUGCAUCACUUCUAUAUUUAUGAAUGUCUUCUCGCGCAACCAACCCCUGCUGUUCUGGAGAGCUUUCUUUCCUGUGUUCAACAGUGUCUUUGAACUUAACGGUGCAACAUUAAUGGCACGGGAAAAUGAUCGUUUCUUGAAACAAGUUGCAUUUCAUCUUCUACGUCUGGCAGUUUUUCGGAACGAUAAUGUUAGAAAAAGAGCUGUUGUUGGUCUUCAGAUCCUUGUUCGGAGCUCUUUCUCGUACUUCAUGCAAACAGCACGACUAAGAGUAAUGUUGACUAUUACUCUUUCUGAGUUGAUGUCUGAGGUGCAAGUGACCCAGAUGAAAUCAGAUGGAACACUUGAAGAAAGUGGCGAGGCACGCCGGUUGAGAAAGUCUCUUGGGGAAAUGGCAGAUGAAUCCGAGAGUCUGCAUUUGUUAACUGAAUGUGGCCUCCCCGAUAAUGCACUUGUGUCUCUUCACCAAAACUCAUCAGAAAACCGAUGGUCCUGGUCAGAAGUCAAACAUCUUGCUGAGUGUCUUCUUUUGGCUCUUGAUGCUAGCCUGGAACAUGCACUACUGGCAUCUGUUAUGACGGUGGACCGAUAUGCUGCUGCUGCAGAGGGCUUUUACAAACUCGCAAUGGCCUUUGCUCCUGUGCCAGAUCUUCAUAUAAUGUGGUUACUGCACUUAUGUGAUGCACAUCAAGAAAUGCAGUCCUGGGCUGAAGCGGCACAGUGUGCAGUUGCUGUUGCUGGCGUCGUAAUGCAGGCCCUCGUGGGCCGGAAUGAUGGUGUCUGGAGCAGCGAGCAUGUCACUGCUCUGCGCAAGAUUUGCCCAAUGGUCAAUAGUGAGAUAACUUCUGAGGCUUCAGCAGCGGAGGUGGAAGGCUAUGGCGCUUCAAAACUUACAGUUGACUCGGCUGUAAAAUAUCUGCAGCUUGCUAAUAAGCUUUUCUCUCAAGCGGAGCUCUACCAUUUCUGUGCUAGCAUUUUAGAACUCGUAAUUCCUGUUUAUAAAAGCAGAAGGUCAUUUGGGCAGCUUGCGAAAUGCCACACGAUGUUGACCAAUAUUUACGAAUCCAUCCUUGAGCAAGAAUCAAGCCCUAUACCUUUCACAGAUGCUACAUAUUAUAGGGUGGGAUUUUAUGGGGAUAAAUUUGGGAAGCUAGACAGGAAAGAGUAUGUCUACAGAGAACCUCGUGAUGUUCGACUGGGCGACAUUAUGGAGAAACUCAGUCAUAUAUACGAGUCAAGAAUGGAUGGAACUACAUUACAUAUAAUUCCAGAUUCUCGGCAGGUCAAAGCGGAUGAGUUGCAGCCUGGAGUUUGCUAUUUGCAGAUAACUGCUGUUGAUCCAGUCAUGGAAGAUGAGGAUUUAGGUAGCAGAAGGGAACGGAUAUUCUCCCUUUCUACUGGAAGCGUCCGUGCACGGGUCUUCGACCGCUUUUUGUUUGAUACUCCAUUUACCAAAAAUGGAAAGACCCAAGGUGGAUUGGAAGACCAGUGGAAGCGACGUACAGUCUUGCAAACUGAAGGUUCCUUCCCUGCAUUGGUAAAUAGGCUGUUGGUUACAAAAUCAGAAUCGCUAGAGUUUUCUCCAGUUGAGAAUGCUAUUGGAAUGAUCGAAACUCGCACAGCUGCAUUGCGGAAUGAACUUGAAGAGCCUCGCAGCUCUGAAGGAGAUCAACUUUCAAGGCUGCAGAGUUUGCAAAGGAUACUCCAAGGCUCCGUUGCUGUUCAAGUGAAUAGUGGAGUUCUGAGUGUAUGCACGGCCUUCCUUUCUGGUGAACCGGCAACAAGGCUGCGGUUGCAGGAAUUGCAACAACUGAUAGCUGCUCUCUUGAAAUUUAUGGCUGUUUGCAAGCGGGCUAUCCGAGUUCAUUUUAGAUUGAUUGGGGAGGAAGACCAGGACUUCCACACACAGCUUGUCAAUGGGUUCCAGUCUCUAACUGCGGAAUUGUCGCACUAUAUUCCUGCAAUUCUUUCAGAGCUCUGA